AUGGAGCCAGGCGGAGGGGGAAGGGGGAGGGGGAGAAAAGGGGCGAGGGGGGGUAGAAGCGGUGGAGGCGCACGAGGGAGGAGAGGCAGUGCGAGGGGGGAGGCGGUGGGCGCGGUGGCGAAGGGGGCUGCAGGGGCGUGGUGGGCGAUUGGGGGAGGCGCGGAGGGCGGCUAUGCGGAUGGGGGGGAAGCAGGAAGAAUCGCGGCUAGAGGAACGGGAUGGGACGUCGGGGAGGGCGCGGAGGUCGGCGCAAGCGUGCGCGGAGCGGCAGUGGCAGCGCGGGAGGGCGGAGGGACGGGCGGAGGAGUGGGAGCGGUGGGUGGAGGAGGGAGAGCAGCGAAUGCAGCGGAGGGAUGGACAGGGGGAGGCGCGGAGGGGCGCGUAUCCCGCCGCAGGGGAGGCAGGGGGAGAGGCGCGGAUGGCGGAGCAGGCGGGAGUACGGUACGCGUAAGCGAGGGCGCGGGGAGGGGGAGGACGGGGGGUGGAACGGGGCAAGCGGACGGCAGUCGCGGGCGGGGGGUGGUGGCGCGCAGAGGGAGGGGCGCAGGUGUGGCGCGCGGACAGGAUUGGACGGGGACGGGCGCGCAUGCGCGUGGGAAUGCGCGGAUGAGAGGGGGGGACGCCGGCAGGGGGUGGGACGCGGACGGGGGAAUGGGGUACCUCGAUGGGCGGGUGAGUGGUGGAGAGGCAUUGGGAGCGGUGGGAGGGCAGCAGGGGCGUGUGGAUUGGGAGGAGUACGGAGGCGGGUGGGUGGAGGGUGGACGGCAGCAGGCGUGGCAGCUUGGCGGCGGAGUGGGCGGCGGUGGGGAGGAGCUUGGGCGCACCGACGUGGGUUGGGGGGGAAGGGGAGGGGAGGAGUGGGGGGGAGAGGCAGGGGAGGGGGAGGAGGACUAUGAGGUGGGGUAUGCUGCUGGCCUGGCUGCUGCUCGUGAGGCCCUCAGACAAGCCUCUGCUCGUGAGGCCCUCAGACAAGCCUCUGCCGCCACUGCUGCUGCACGUGCACGUGUUGGUGCUGGUGGGGUGGCUGUUGGGGGUGCUGCUUCCAUGGGUGGGGCUGAGGGGGCAGCAGGCGGUGCGGCAGGAGGUGGCAUGGAUCUCAUGCUGCCUCACCACCCGCCCGCUGUAGCACCAGGGAGCGCAGCAGCUGCCCUGCACACACCGGAUGCUUCUCAGGUGCCCACCGCAGCAGCAGCCACAGCAGCAGGUGGGGGCGCAGCAGGGGGGGGCGCAGAAGGGGGGGGCGCAGGUGAGCAGGAAGAGGCAGGCGGCGGCGGCGGCAGUAGGCGGCGCGGCGGGGGAGGAGGGGGAGGCGGGGGAGGCGGGGGAGGGAGCAGGAGCGGGCGGCGGCGGCACGUGGACGUGAGUGUGAAGCGCGACAUCUGUGAGCUGCGGCGCGUGCGCCCCGGCAUCACGGUGGGCGGCAUCAUGCGAGUGUGCCGCGCCAAGUACCCGCACGUGCGCCUCAUCCCCUCCCACGUGCGCCUCAUCCCCUCCCACGUGCGCCUCAUCCCCUCCCACGUGCGCCGCAUCCUCACCAAGGCGCCCCACUGGAGCUCCACCUUGGCGCAGCGCAGCAGCAAGCGAGUGCGCGCGCCCGAGAGCAUGGCGCUGGAGGAGGCGCUCGUGGCGUGGCUGCGCGACAUGAAGGGCGGCCCGGGCGCCACCAAGGUGCAGCUGCAGCAGAUCUGCGCCAAGGGCCGCGAGCUGGGGCCGUCGUUUGGGGUGUCGCCCUCCUUCAGGUGCUGCCAGGUGAGCCUACCCUCGCCCUGCCCUUGCAGGUACAGCAUUGGGUGGGCGUGUCGCUUCCAGGAGCGGUGGGGGUUCUCAAAGCGGCAUCUGGAGGAGGAGAGGGAGGCGUACUUCAAUGACGACCCUGCUGCUGCUGCCGCCGCCGCUGCGGGCAGUGCGGAGCCGUCGCUGGUGGAGCUGGCUGAUGAGAUCUUUGGCGCUCAGAUCCUGGUGGCGCGCACGCAUGGUGGUGAGGCGGGGGAGGGGGAGGGGGAGGGGGAGGGGGAGGGGGAGGGGGAGGGGGAGGGGGAGGGGGAGGGGGAGGAGGGGGAAGAGGGGGAUGAGGAGGGCAGUGAGGAGGAUGAUGAGGACGAGGGUGAGGAGGAUGGAAGGGGUGGGGGUGGGAGGGGAGGAAGGGGAGGGAGGAGAGGGAGGGGAGGGAGGGGAGGGCGGGGAGUAGUGGGAAGGGGGCGUGGGAGGGGAGGUGCGUGGAAGGGAGGGAUGAGGGUGGUGGGACGGGAGACGUCACUGACUGCUGGCAGGGAGGUGAUCGACCUAGAGGGCGGUGAGGGGGGGGACAGGGUCGAGGGGGGUGAGAGGGUCGAGGUGGGUGAGGGGGGUGAGAGGGGCGACAGGCUGCAGCGGCGGCGGAGGGGCGAGGGCGGGUCAGAGGAGCAGACACAGGAGGGCAGGGAGCAGGCAGGUGGGGGGGCAGGCGAGGAGGGCGAUGGAGGAGAGGCGGCAGCAGAGGCGGGUGGAUGGGCAGGAGGAGUGGACUUGCUGGCAGGCACGGCAAGAGGCGCCGCAAGGGAUCGGGCGAGGAAGAGGGCAGCAGGCAGGGCGGUACGCGCGGUGCAGCCGAGUCGAGAGUUGCUGGCGCUGGCACUGGCAGAGGCUGGCGUGGACGGGGAGCAGGCGGGUGCCGGCAUGCAGGGAGCAGGUGGGUCUGACUCGGAUGAUUUAGCAGAGGGAAUCAGACGGGCAUCGCCGCCAGCAGGGGCAUCGGUGAGGGGUGCAGCAGCAGCAGCAGGUGCAGCGGCAGUGGGAGGGGCGUUGGUGGAUGUGGAGGCGGCAGUGGCAGCAGCAGGAGACCUCCGCCUGGACGCCCCCAGCGAUGACUCCAGUGGUGGCCACGCCCGUGGUGGUGAUGGUGGUGAUGCUGGUGAUGCUGGUGAUGCUGGUAGGCGGCACGUGGAGAGGCAGCGUGCUGCAGGGAGGGAGAAGCGGGCGCCGGGCGGUAAGGGCAAGCACCGGGCGGCAAUCAGUCUGCGAGUGAAGCGAGUGAUCUGCAUGCUGAGGGCGGCCCGCCCCGACAUGGCGCCCAAAGACAUCCACCGCCUCCUGCACCGCGCCUUCCACGCCGCCGCCCGCCCUCCCCAAGGCACUGCCCCUCCCUCUGCCGCCUCUGCCAGCGCUGCUGCUGGCAGGGCAGCGAGCUUGGCAGCGGGGGGAGUGGCGGCGGCGGGCGUGGAGGCGGCGGGAGUGGCGGCGCUGGACGUGGCGGCGGUGAGGCGCAUCCUGAGGAAGAGCCACGUGUACCUCGCCCUGCCCGCGCACAGCGCCACCCUCAUCCGCCACAGCAGCGGCGCCCACCCCCAGGUGCAGGCGGCGGUGGCGGCGUGGGUGCGGGCCAUGGAGGCGCGGUACGGGCGAGAGGCGGUGCGGUGGGAUGACAUUCUGGACUAUGCCCGGCAGGUGGGGCCGCACAUGGGCGUGCAGGAGCGGUUCCGGUACAGCUACCACUGGGCUCGCAAGGCGCUGCUGCGGCAUGGGCUGGGGAGUAACUGGGGCAAGCAGGUGGAGCGGGGCGGUGGGAAGAAGAAGGGGAAGGGGAGAGGAGAUGGGGGAGCGAUGUCGAUUGAUGGUAGCACCACUGAUGGUAACACGACAGAUGGAAACACCACCGAAGGGCAGAGCAGUGAUGGUGGAGGGACGGACGAGGAGAGGGAGGAGGGGCGCCACUCACUGCACUCUCACCGCCCUAUUGCCGCUGCCGCUCCUGCUGCUGCUGCUGCCGGGCGUGCAGGGCAGGCAGCGGGGGGAGAGGAGCAGCAGGAGGGGCCGCUGGACCGACUGCAGCGCCUGGCGGAGCAGUGGGCUGCUGAGGCACGCACGGCGGGGCAGGCGCAUGGGCGCACAGGGGAGGGGGCGGGCGGCAGGCAGCGGCGGUGGCGCCACACGGUGGUGCCGCCCGCUGUGAAGCUCGCCAUGUGCGCCCUCGCCCGCGCCCUCCCCUCCCUCCCCUCCAAGGCCAUCGCCCGCGCUGUUGGCGCCAGGUACGGCAUGAGGCUAACGAACGUGUCGUUGCCAGCGGUGCUGCUGAGGGAGGACGACUGGAGGCAGCUCGUGCAGCGCGCCCACACUGGCAGGCCGGGCGCCGUCACACUCAGAGGCGCUGAGUCCCGCCUGGAGGAGGCUCUUGCGCUCGCAGUGAGGAAAGCUAUAGCGAGGAUGGAGGAGGACAGGCCAGCUGCAGGGGGCGAACGGGAAGAUGAGGGAGGGAGCAGAGGGGGGGCAGGGGCGGAGCAGCAGCAGGUGUCAGUGAGGGCGGUGCAGGAGUAUGCGAGGCGGCUGGCGCCGCUGGUGGGGGUGGGUCGCGGAUUCACGUGCAGCGUGGGAUGGGUGCAGCAGUUCAUGCAGCGCUGGGGGUUCCACCCUCCUGGGGGCACUGCAGGAGGUGGUGGUGGGGCGAGGGGGCGAGGGGGCUGGCUGGGUGGGAGGAGAGGGGAGGAUGGUCGGACAGAGGACGAAUUUGAAGAAGGGGGAGGGGAGGAGGGGGAGGAGAGUGAGGGGCAGGGAGGAGUGAGCGCGAGGAUAAGGGGGAUACUGGACGAGCGGUGUGAAGUGCGGCAGGAGGAGGUGGCGGCGCUGGUGGCGCUGGCAGAGCAGCAGCAGGAGAGGCGCGCUCAGAUCAAGGCGAGUGGACGCCGGCUGACGGACGUGCGCGAGGAGGAGUGGAUAGAAGAGGGACGGCACGAUGGUGCUGGUGCGCGGGGCAGGGUGGCAGGGGAUGGGAUGGAGAGGGAUGGGGGGGAUGGGGGCGUGACUGGAGACAGCAAUGGCGCCUUGGACGUGACGGACAAUGAUGGUGGUGGUGGUUUUGACACAGACACUGACCUUGACCUGCCCGCCGCUCAUGCCCAUACCGGCCCCCUGAGCACCCUGCUGGCGUCACUGGCCGGCGUGCGGGUGGCAUCUGCCGCCCAGGCCGCCCCUCAGCUGCAGUGUGCGUGGGGUGCCCUUGCGGCAGCCACGCCGUUCCCCCGGCAGCUCACAGCGCACCGCGCGGCAGAGGUGGCGCGCGCAUGGCGCCGCCUUGAGAGGUCCCGCGUGGUGCUGUGGGAGGGGGGUGCUGGGAGCGAGAGCAGUGAGAGCAUGAGCGUAGAGGAAAUUGGAGGGAUGGGCAGCAGCAUGGAGGAGUGGGAGUCGAAGGAGGGGAUAGUUGGCGCGGUGGCAGGGAGGAGCGCAGGAGGGGGAAUGCCUGGUGGGCGAGGGAGGAAGAGGAGGAGGAGCGGGGAUGAGCAGGACGGUGUGGUGGCAUCACUAGCCGGGGCAGCAGCAGCAGGGAGGGGAGCAGCAGGGGGAGGGCGGUUGGCAGGAGGCGGGCAGGGGUCAGCGGGCAUGGCAGCACCGCUGCUGGCCCCGGAGCUCAUAGUGGCGGCGGCCCUGCGAGCUGCUCUUGGCCCCCACCCCGUGCCCGCCCACCCCGUGCCCGCCCACCCCGUGCCCGCCCCGCCUGCUGCUCACUUUCCGCGCUUCCCUUUCCCCCACGCUGUGCCACCCGCCACCACCGCACUGCACUCCCUCGCUCAGCUGCUUGCAUCUGCUGGCUUGCCGUGCGGCCUACUCCCUGUCGCCAGGCCAUACGGCCCUGCCUGGGGCCAGCACCUACUCACUGCGCCUCGCCCUUCCUCCCACCUUGCUCCCUCUCUGCCAACGCCACCUCCCCCCCGGUCGCUCACUGCGCUCCUCACUUCAAUAACGUCCAACCAACCGCCUCCCUUCACCACACCUGCGCCUGCUCCCGCCAAUGCCUCUAUGGCAGCAAGAGCAGUUGUUAUUGAACCUUGGGGGAUGAGGAGAGGAGGUGGGGGGGUGGCUGCAGCGUCCCCUCUUACUAACCCCCACAUCCCCACCCCCAAUCAACCAACCCCCUUGAACCUCACCCCCCAUUUCAACCGCCCCCUGGAACCGCACUCCCUCCCCCCCUUUCUUCCUUCAGACCCCUCCCCACCCACGAUGAUGCCUGGACAGUCCUUCACAGGUGGGGCUGCUGGUCACAGUUGGGGCUGCUGGUCACAGGUGGGGCUGCUGGUCACAGGUGGGGCUGCUGGUCACAGGUGGGGCUGCUGGUCACAAGUGGGGCUGCUGGUCACAGGUGGGGCUGCUGGUCACAGGUGGGGCUGCUGGUCACAGGUGGGGCUGCUGGUCACAAGUGGGGCUGCUGGUCACAGGUGGGGCUGCUGGUCACAGGUGGGGCUGCUGGUCACAGGUGGGGCUGCUGGUCACAAGUGGGGCUGCUGGUCACAGGUGGGGCUGCUGGUCACAGGUGGGGCUGCUGGUCACAGGUGGGGCUGCUGGUCACAAGUGGGGCUGCUGGUCCUGGUGCCUGGUGCUGACGUGACGGCGCUGGUGCCGGUGCCGGUGCUGGUGCAGGUGACUGGCUUCGGUGCUGGUGCUGGUGCUGGCGGCUGGCGCUGGUGCUGGUGCUUGGUGCUGGCGGCUGGCGCUGCAUUCUGCCGCCACUCCCUUCCCCCUUUCCCUCUCCUCCCCACAGCGUUCCGCCGCCAAUCCCUUCCCCUCCUCCCUCUCCCACCCACAGCGACCGCCGCUGCACACGCGAACAGUCGCGACGGGGGGGGGGGGGUGACGGUCGAACAGGAUCCGCGGGUCGAACGGACGCGGGAGGAGAGUGAGGAGGAGGCUAAGCAGGAGGACGGCGACGAGCCGGUGUACGACGACGAGCAGGGAUACGGCGACGAGCGGGAGCUCGGCGACGCGCAAGAGCACAGUGACAAGCGAGAGCACGGCGAUGAGCGGGAGUACGGCGGCGAGAGGGAGCUCGGCGACGAGCAGGAGGACGACGACUCGCAGGAGGACAGCAACGAGAAGACGCGCGCGGUACCCCACGUCCCGAGCGGAACCGUGGAGGAAUUGCGCGCGCCCAGCGCGGAACACGCCGACACCGCGGCGGCAGCAAGGGCGGGGGAAGGGGAGGUACGCGCGGAAGGGCCGCGUGCCACGGCACCCAACCGCUUGGGAGGGCACCACGCCCGCGAUGUGCUGCCGCAGGAAGGCCGGACUCGGGAGAAGGAGGCACGUACGGUGCAGCCGCGGGGAAUGCGCGGAUGGGGCGAAGCAGAGGACACGCGCGCGACUGGAGCCCAGCGACGACGUGGAGAGCCGAGAGAGGGAGGCUCAGGUUCGAUGAAGGAACCGCCGCCGAGGACCGGGCGGUCCGGUGGCACAGAAGGGAGGCGGGAAGGAGUGGAAGAGAAGGGGGUGCGCGCGGCGACUCGUCCGUGGGCGCCGGGAGGAGGACGGGACGGGGAGGACCGCUCUCCUGAGCCGCAGCGGCGCUGGGAAGGGCAACGGAGGGGAGGAUCCCGCUCUCCGCGUGGGCAGCGGCGGUGGGGGAAGGGGCCCCAUGGUGAAGAGCAGUCGCCUGAGCGGCACCAUUGGCGAGAGGGAAGGCGGGAGGAAGCAGACCGCGCAUCACCUGGCACUCGGAGGCUCGGCAGGGCGAGGGAAGAGUGGUCACCACCCCGGGCGCGGCGUCAGCUGCGUGAAGCCGGCCCAAGUGAGUGGGAGAGGAACCACCACUCGCCGGAAUGA